GCCGUCCUCUGUCCAUCUAUCCACGCCUGAACCCGGAAAACAAAAAUCGUUAUUUUGAUUCUUUGAACAAGAAAUAACUCAGAAACCUGAGCUCCGGUAAUGGCGGGUUUGGCAAUUUCACCUCCUCUUGGUCUUUCCUUCUCUUCACGAACUCGAAACCCUAAGCCCACUUCGUAUCUAUCUCCCAGUCAAAGGAAUCCUAUAAGACGUAUAGUUUCAGCUCUGCCGAGCCCAUAUGGAGAUUCAUUGAAAGCUGGUCUUUCGAGUAAUGUUUCUGGGUCGCCAAUAAAGCUUGACAACAAGGAUCCAAGAUUUGGAGUGAUUGAGGCAAAAAAAGGAAACCCGCCUGUAAUGCCUUCGGUGAUGACCCCUGGAGGGCCUUUAGACCUUUCUUCUGUGUUAUUCCGCAACCGCAUAAUCUUCAUUGGACAACCAAUUAAUGCACAGGUGGCUCAGAGAGUCAUAUCUCAGCUUGUAACUCUCGCAUCUAUUGAUGAUAAAUCCGACAUCUUGAUGUACUUGAAUUGUCCUGGUGGCAGCACCUACUCCGUCUUAGCAAUUUAUGACUGUAUGUCUUGGAUUAAGCCUAAAGUUGGAACAGUGGCGUUUGGAGUAGCUGCAAGCCAAGGAGCACUUCUUCUUGCUGGGGGUGAAAAAGGAAUGCGCUAUGCAAUGCCAAAUACUCGGGUCAUGAUACAUCAACCACAAACUGGAUGUGGAGGACAUGUGGAAGACGUGAGGAGACAAGUGAAUGAAGCCAUUGAAGCACGACAAAAAAUUGACAGGAUGUAUGCAGCUUUUACUGGACAACCUCUUGAAAAAGUGCAGCAGUACACCGAAAGAGAUCGUUUCUUAUCCGCAUCUGAGGCUCUUGAGUUUGGGCUUAUUGAUGGAUUACUGGAAACAGAAUAUUGAUACAGCUCAUUGCAAUGUUCAAAGCUUCCAAUUUCAAUUGAAUAUGAACACUUGUAACUGACAUUUGUGUAUAAACCAGUUUGGUUUUCUUGGUUUACAGUCUACUAAACAGAGAACUAAGCUGCUUCUUUUUUGUUGGCGCUGAAACAGUCUGAAAGCUUAUGUUCUAUUUUUGUUACACUCGAUAA